AUGCCUCCAUGCCCAAGCCCCAUUCAUAAACUUGGCAUUUUUUUUCCUCCCAAUAUCGUGUCCCCAAAACUAGUUUGGGUGAGCUUUGAGAAGACCAAAAUUCCUGACGUCGAAGGGCUUUUCGAUGCGCCCUGGAAAGAUGAUGCAUGA